AUGGCCUUGGAGAAGCUGAAGGGCGUGGGCAGGCAGCUGCUGCGGGUGAAGGUGGUGGACUGUAACACGGAGGACUCGCGGCUGUCCCGCUGCCUCGGGACCUUCGACCUCAUCGCGCUGGGCGUGGGCAGCACGCUGGGCGCCGGCGUGUACGUUCUGGCAGGAGCAGUGGCACGUGAGAACUCGGGCCCGGCCAUCGUGCUCUCCUUCCUCAUCGCCGCCCUGGCCUCCGUCCUGGCCGGCCUCUGCUACGCCGAGUUCGGGGCCCGCGUGCCCAAGACCGGCUCCGCCUACCUGUACAGCUACGUCACCGUGGGAGAGCUCUGGGCCUUCAUCACCGGCUGGAACCUCAUCCUCGCCUACAUCAUCGGAACGGCGAGUGUUGCUCGCGCCUGGAGCGCCACGUUUGACGAGCUGAUUGGCCGGCAAAUGGGGGAGUUCUGCCAGCUCCACAUGCCCAUGAACGCUCCCGGAAUCCUGGCGGAAUAUCCAGACAUGUUCGCUGUGGUCAUCAUCCUCAUCCUCACUGGUGUGCUGGCGUUCGGAGUGAAAGAGUCCGCCAUGAUCAACAAGAUCUUCACCUGCAUCAACGUGCUGGUGCUGCUGUUCGUGGUCAUCUCUGGCCUGGUCAAGGGCUCUCUGAAGAACUGGAACAUCGUACCUGAGGAGGUGCUCAACGUCACCAACGCCUCCCUCUCCAAGGAGAGCCUGGGCGAGGGGGGGUUCAUCCCGUUUGGAUUCAGUGGGGUCCUGUCUGGCGCUGCCACCUGUUUCUACGCUUUCAUCGGGUUCGACUGCAUCGCCACCACAGGAGAGGAGGUGCGUAACCCCCAGAGGGCCAUUCCCGUGGGCAUCGUGGCCUCCCUGCUCAUCUGCUUCGUGGCGUAUUUCGCGGUGUCUGCGGCGCUCACCUUUAUGAUGCCGUACUACCUGCUGGAUAAGAACAGCCCCCUGCCCGUGGCCUUCAAGUAUGUGGGCUGGGAGGGGGCUACCUACGCGGUGGCCGUGGGGUCACUCUGCGCCCUGUCCACCAGUCUGCUGGGAUCCAUGUUCCCCAUGCCCCGGGUGAUCUGGGCCAUGGCUGAGGAUGGGCUGCUCUUCAGGUUUUUGGCCAGCGUCAACGACAAAACCAAAACCCCCAUAAUCGCCACUGUAACCGCAGGGCAUUUCCUUCCCUUGCUCUCCACAGCGAUCAUGGCCUUCCUGUUUGACCUGAAGGAUCUGGUGGACCUGAUGUCCCUCGGCACUCUGCUGGCCUACACUCUGGUUGCGGCCUGUGUCCUGGUCCUCAGGUACCAGCCGGAACAGUCCAACGUCCCAACAGCGUACCUGAGGGCCAGCACGCAGGACGAGGGGGAGAUGAACAGCUCUGCGAGUGACAACAACAUGCGCAUCCUGCCCGAAGUGGAGGCCAGGGUCACCCCGAGAACCCUGUUCUGCCCCCUCACCCACUCCCCUUCUCCCCAGUCCGGCUCCAUCGCCAACGGCUGCACCAGCGUGCUGGGGUUCCUGAUCUUCGUGUUCUGCGUGGUGGCGGUCCAGGGGGGCACGGCGCGUGGGUCGCUGGUCGUGCUCGGGCUCCUGGCGGUGCUCUGUCUGCUCAUCACCGUGGUGAUCUGGAGGCAGCCUCAGAGCCAAGCCAAGCUGUCAUUCAAGGUCCCCUUGGUGCCCUUGCUGCCGGUGCUCAGCAUGUUCAUUAACGUGUACCUGAUGAUGCAGCUGGGCCGAGGAACCUGGAUCCGCUUCGCCAUCUGGAUGGCUAUAGGGUUCGGCAUCUACUUCGCUUACGGCAUGUGGCACAGCACGGAGUGCGACUCCGACUCCGAACUGGGGGAACUGAAGCCCCCCGAGGAACCCACACCCGAGAAAGCCCCCUUCCUGGAGGAGGGGCAGGAGGCCUGA